AUGGCCUCACUUCGGUUGAGCCCUGCCCCCUCACCUUACGGCUGCCGGAAAAGUCUACCUAUCAGCAAGUUACAACGCUACGAACCCGAAGAUGAGUCGCAAGAGUACUCGAUAUGCGAUCUCAAAGUUCGCGUCUCCCACAAGGACACAACUGUCUAUCGAGGACUGCUAACGCUACCCGAUAGCGAAGAGCCCGUAGCUGUGGUAGUCAAGACAGACUUUUUCGCCGAGACUCUUCGCCGCAAAGCCUUCGAACACGAGGUUGAUAUGUACGAGAUCCAUCUAUGGGAACUUCAAGACAAAGCGAUACCACACUGCUAUGGUCUCUUCCAGUAUAAAGGAGAAGAUGCCAAAGUAUCCUCUUUCCUCGUACUUCGCGAUUGCGGCGAUCCAAUUGUUGAACCUCGCAACCUCACAAGCUCUUUCAAAUCGAAAGUGAUCAAUGCUGUGUAUUAUAUUCACUUCUUGGGCUUCACGCACGGAGACCUCUCUUACGACAAUAUCAUAAUCAACAAAGACGGCAGUCCUUUCAUCAUCGACUUAGAGUUCGCUAAGCCCCACGUUUGUGGACUUAAAGAGAGGCUGUUAAUUGGGGAAGAGAGCAGAGACGUUGGAUGCACUGAGAUGAUGCAGUGUGCUGCGUUGAUGCGAGCUUGGGCUGAUGUGUAUGUCAAGUUAGAGGGUGUCUACACCUUUUACAGAACGGACCUUCGUCGCGGGAAUAUGGAUUAUCUUCUAUCCCUCCUCACCCACUGCCAUGACGAUCCUACGGUAUAUCGCCCGUACGUGGAAGAAUUGGUGGAGCAAGUGGAAGCCGAACGAGAGUUCUAUCGCAAUAUCCCUCCUGAAAAGCGCGUCAUUGCGGUUGAGUGA